CCCAAAUUCUUGAUCCCCACCAUUGAGUGCUGUGUGCAAGCUAUCAGCCUUUGACACAGACGACACUUCAAGUUCAAAAUGGAGCCUCUGUCAGCGGCGGUAACAAUAUUGGAGGUUGCUGGCGCGAUUACAUCCGUGAUAAGCGCUGCCACGGCAUUCAUGCGAGAUAUUCGAGGGGCUCGACAAGAAAUCAUCGCCGUUAAAAAGGAACUAAUAUCACUCAAAGGUGUGCUUGAGAUACUCGCAGAUGACUUUCACGAUGCCGAUAAGAUCAAGCUCCCAGACAGCGUGCUUGAGCGAAUUGUCGAUGUGGCCGCAGACUGCCAAAAUGUCGUGAAUCAGAUUGGCGGGUUGUUGAAGGAAGGUUCGCGUGUCAGUUGGGCUCUGUCGGGAAAAGAGGAGAUGGAAAGCUUGCGAGAAGAUCUGGAAAGACACAAAGCCACCCUCAGUGUAACACUGGAUUUGGUAUCUGUCAUCAUCAUCAAAGACAUCAAAGACGACACAGAGCACAUUCUCCAAGACACCUCGGCCAUCAAAGGCAACACAGCACAGAUACAAACAGACAUCGACCGUGUUCUGCAGGGAAUAUCUCAGAUUCAACUCCAGUUGAAUGCGCCGGAGACAGGGCCAAGACCAUCAAAUUAUGUUCUCGGCCGGUUUCUCGCCGACUUGAGGACCGACGCGGAGACCAUCCUUGGAGAUGCAGAGUAUCCUGAUGACAGGACAGAACAGUAUCAUGGGUAUCUGCACAGCCAGGAAGGAUAUGACAUCAGAUCACCCCCAGAGCCAACACCCGCUCCCAUCACCUUGAGCGACACAGAAGGGAGACGUUGUUUGGUCUCAUUUCGUGCUUGCAGAACCUGGCUGGAAAUGUCGAAGGCAAUAGAACAAUUGUAUGGCCAUCUUCCUCAGAAUGACCAGGUCCGGGCUGGAAAUUACGAAGUCUUCGGUCCUAGUGGAGAGAUAAUCCUGCCAGCAUUUUGGGAAAGCUUCGUUUUACCAGGUUGGGAAGUGACGCUGAAGCUACGCCAAGUCGAGAUGGCCAACCAGUCCCUCAAAGCAGAAGCGACAAUUGUUGAUGAAACUAAACCUCAGUCAGAAGGCUCCCAAAAAGAAGGACAAUCAAAAAAGGCUGGCUCAACAACAAGGCCAGACAGCGGCAAAGAAAUGCUUGGAAGGGUUCUCAAACCGCGGACUGGGACUAAAGACAACAAGGAAAGUGACAAGGAGAAAGAUAAAAAGAAAGAAAAACACACAGAGUUCAACCUGAUCCCGGUGAGAGGCUUCUUUGAUCAGCGGAAGAAGGAGAUUAGACAUGCUUCGACCAAAGACAAGAUUGCUCCGCCAGUGAGCACAAAGGCGCAGUCUCCCAGUCAACAGGCUCAGAGUCAGCCUCGAGAAGAGGUGACAGCUGAGGCUUCCGAAAUGCGCCAGAGCUACCCCCAAUUGCAACCUGAAAUACUGCAGCCAGUCACAGCUCCGACGCCUACUCAGACGGUGUUUCGGCAGCUUCAGAUUGCUCGCCAUUCUCUGCCAACCCCCACUCUCACUCCAGCCCCAAUCAUUUCACCCCUCUACUACUUUCGGGCCACUCCAUCGCACCCAGCUUCUACCCUCUCCGCCUUUCACCCACAAAGCUCUGCCUCCCACACAAACAUUCCUCCAACCACACCUGACGACUCACAACCAUCAUGGGCCACCCGCGCCCAAUCUCCUGCGAGCAAAUCGGCGACCUCACUUACUACGAAGAAAUCGAGCGAUUCCAGCGUCGAAGCGAAAGCCAACGAGACCACCUCGAGACCGAGAGACAAGAACAACGCCGGCGCGAAGAACGUGAAGAACACCGCCGCGCCCACCAGGCUCGCCAGGGACAACGUCACGCCGCCCAGCAAGCCCGCCGGGAACAACGUCGCGCCGCCAGGGAGCUGCGAGAGCAAGAAGGAGAACAAGAAGCCCAGCCGGCUCCUACCAUCCGGAGGCUCCCGCCACGGCACCAAGACGUUGAAGCCCAACAGCAGCAGAGUCGAGGACAAGUGACCGCAGAUUUCAACCAUCGUCAACACGUUGCCCAACGAGGCCAGGACGAACUUUGGCAGAUACUUCAGGCAAGCGCUGCACAAAAUCAACAAGGAUCUUCAGGCUUGGUGAGAAGCUUGAGAGAUGUUUCCGUGCUCCCUAGCUUUGAGUUGCAUUGUGCCCGUGUGAGAGCCGCAAGACGCGACUUACAGUCACGGGAGGACACAGUUUCUGCAAAGAGGUCAGAAUUGGCAGCUCGCAGAGAGGCUGUGAGAGUCGGAGAAGCCGCAAGGGACAGCCAAUUGAACGAUGAGGUCAAUAUCAUCGCGAUUCAAACCCGCACAUCCAAUGAUGUCCCUGAUGCUCGAAGUCUUGUGCCCCCUCAGGGUCAGCAGCCCAGUACCCAAUCACCGGCAACGGUAUCUCCCUCUCAAGACCAGACAACAUCCCCAACUAUACCAAACCCACCGACAGCCGGCCCCGAGCCGCAAUUAGAACCACGCCGCAAUCGAAGCCUGUUGUCCCUCGAAGAGCUGGCUUGUUUCCCUGGACCAAGAUACAUCCCCGGAGAACUACUCUACCCCGUCCCCGACUUAGAAGAGUCCCAACUGCCUCCGAUGAACUUCUACCGCCUUCCUUCGUACCGAACCUGGGAGACAAUUGUGGACGUUUCGACAGGCAUUGCCUGACAACGUGGAGGGAACAGGUCAGAAACGCCGCCCAUGAAUGGGAGCACCUGCGGGUACUUCUUCAAUCGUUGAUUAGUGGACUCGAUGGGAGGAGGGAACAACGCCGAUAAUGAUCUGGAGGAGGGGAGUGUUGGCUGAUGUGGUGGGCAGACAAAUGGUUGUGUAGAGGGGUGGACACUGGAUAGUAAAGAAGGGAGUGAUAUCAGAUCGACAAAAGCAAUGAUUUCAAUGACUGGCUUGGUCUUUUGUGAAGUGUUGUGAAGUCGAUGAGAAGGUGGAAGCAGGAAUGACCUUGUGAUUGAUGUGCGUACACAAGGGCACCAUUUCUGGUCUUGGCAUUGAAACUUGGCCCAACCCUGUAGAUCUUCAGGUGCUUUACAAUGUCAGUGUGUCAUAACCUACAAUAAAAACUUCCAUAAAAU